AUGUUUGAUGAGGAUCUAUUAAACCGUGCCAUGGUUAAUCCCGAAGUCCUCUACAGUUAUACAAGACAGAGCGCGCGGAACAAGUAUCCUAUCCCCCUACUGCGAACUGUUGAAGGUGCCGAAACCUCAGAGGACAAGAAUAAAGCUGACCACCUCUGUCAGUUCUUCCGGUCCGUCGUUACGACUGAACCCGACUUUUCUCCCCAAUUUAUGAAGACGAUGUAA